UGGCACAGAGCAGCGCUGUCAGAUACUUGAUUCCCGCCGGCGUGUCCGGGCUGCCGCUGCUGCUGCUGCUGCUGUGACAUUACAUGACGGCUGCUGCUGGAGUCUCCGGGAAGGACACCACUACUGCGCUCCUGCCCGGGUCAUGUCCGCUUUGCGCCACUGAGCCCCCGCAGCGUUGCUGCCACUGGCCGGGAUGGAGAGCCGGGCAGGGAGAUGGACUCUGCUAGUAAUCGUGUAUCUCGCUAUGGAGAUUGUGACCGCUCAGAACGUGUGUACGGGGACAGUGAAUGGUCUCAGUGUAACUGGUGAGGCUGAAUACCAGCAUCAGACCUUGAAGAACAUGUAUAACAACUGUCAUAUCGUGAUGGGCAAUCUGGAGAUUGUGCUUGUUGAGAAUAAUAAAGACUUGUCUUUCCUAAAGUCCAUACGAGAAGUCACUGGAUACGUGCUGAUCGCUUUGAAUAUUUUUACAUAUCUGCCACUUGAUAACCUGCGUGUUAUUCGAGGACAAAGUCUUUAUGAAGACAAAUACUCUCUUUACAUGACUCUAAAUAACCAGGUUAAUGGGACACAAGGCAUCCAGAAGCUGAGCUUCCACCAGCUGACAGAGAUCCUGGCUGGUGGUGUGCAUAUCACUAAGAAUGAGCAACUGUGCUUUACUGAUACCAUUGACUGGAAAGACAUCAUACGAGAUCCGAAGGCUCAGGUUGAAAUAGAAGAUAAUGCUGUAACAUGUAAGCCGUGCCAUGCCUUCUGCAGUGAGAAAUGCUGGGGACCGGAAAAGGAAGACUGUCAGAAGUUGACAAAGAACAAUUGUGCUGCACAGUGCAAUGGACGUUGCUAUGGCCAGACUCCUGCUGAAUGCUGCCAUGACGAGUGCGCUGGAGGCUGCACAGGUUCCUUAAACACUCAGUGCUUUUCAUGUCGGAACUUUAAUGAUAAUGGAACUUGUGUCCCACGAUGUUCUCAGCUGAUUUACAACCCUCUGACCAGUCAAAUGGAACAUGGCCCUGAUGCAAAAUUCCAGUAUGGAGGAUCAUGUGUCAAGAACUGCCCCCAUAACUUUGUGGUGGACCAGAACUCCUGUGUUCGUGCCUGUCCCAGCAGCAAGAUGGAAGUGAAUAAGAAUGGGGUUAAGAUGUGUGAGCCAUGUUCCGGGCUAUGCCCCAAAGCUUGUGAAGGAACAGGACUUGGCAGUAAAUAUCAGACUGUGGAUUCUAGUAACAUUUACAAAUUUGUUAACUGCACCAAGAUACUGGGCAAUUUGGAUUUCCUUACCAUUGGCCUUGAUGGGGAUGAAUGGAUGAAUGUCACUGCUCUAGACCCUAACAAAUUGAGUAUCUUCAAAACGGUGCAAGAGAUCACAGGAUACCUAAACAUCCAAUCUUGGCCAAAACAUAUGAAUGACUUCAGUGUCUUCUCCAGCCUCACCACCAUUGGAGGUCGUACACUCUACAACCGUGGGGUCUCACUUCUUGUGAUGAAAAACAGCAACGUAACAUCUCUGGGGUUCCGCUCACUGCGUGAUAUAAGCGCCGGGAAAGUGUAUAUCACAGAGAACGAGAACCUUUGCUUUUAUCACACCAUUAAUUGGACAAGUUUAUUUACGACAAGACGACAGAAUUACGAAUUAAAGAAUAACAGGGCUCCAGCUGCCUGUGUAAAGGAAGAAAAACUAUGUGACCCCCUUUGUUCUGCUGCUGGGUGCUGGGGUUCUGGGCCUGCACAGUGCCUGUCAUGCAGGAACUUCAGCCGAGAUGGUAUCUGUGUGCCGUCCUGCAACCUCUCACUUGGUGACAAGAGGGAGUUUACAAGGAAUAAAGUUUGUCUCCAGUGUCACCCAGAGUGUCAGAAGAUGGAGGGAAGUCUGACUUGCAAUGGGACCGGCGCAGAUUCCUGUAUGCAGUGUGCAAACUACCGUGAUGGGCUACACUGUGUGGCCAAAUGUCCUCAUGGAGUCAUGGGGGAAAAAGGACCAAUUUACAAGUACCCCAAUGUGAAUAACAUCUGUCUGCCCUGUCAUGAGAACUGUACUGAGGGGUGUGAUGGACCUGGCAUACAAAACUGCAUUAACUUGGUUCUACAUCUAGCUGAAAGUAAGACCCAAACAAUGGUGGCAGUGGCAGUGGUGGUCUCCAUAUUUGUUCUGCUUAGCUUCACACUCCUGGUUCUUCUGUACUGGAGAGGACUGAAAAUCCGAAAGAAGCGAGCCAUGAGGCGCUAUCUGGAGAGGGGAGAGUGCAAUGAUAUGCUGGACCCAUCAGAAAAGGCCAACACUGUGCAGGCUCGAAUAUUCAAAAGCACUGAGCUGAAGAUUCUGAAGAUUUUGGGCUCUGGGGUGUUCGGCACAGUGCACAAGGGUGUUUGGAUUCCAGAAGGAGAUUCAGUUAAGAUUCCAGUCAGCAUCAAAGUGAUACAAGACCGCAACGGUUGCCAGACUUUCCAUUCUGUAACUGAUCAAAUGCUGGCAAUGGGGAGCCUGGACCAUCCCUGUAUUGUGCGAUUACUGGGUAUUUGCCCAGGGACACAGUUGCAACUGGUCACACAGCUUCUGCCAAUGGGCUCGUUACUCCAACAUGUUCGCCAGAACAAGAACAGUGGUGCCAUUUGCCCCCAAAUGCUGCUUAACUGGUGUGUGCAGAUUGCCAAGGGCAUGUAUUAUUUGGAGGAACAUCGCAUGGUUCACAGAAACCUCUCUGCUCGCAACAUCCUCAUGAAAUCUAUCAAUCACGUGCAAGUGUCAGACUUUGGUGUGGCAGAUCUUCUGUACCCAGAUGACAAGAAGUAUUGCUACAAUGAGAUCAAGACCCCUAUUAAAUGGAUGGCCCUGGAAAGUAUACACUUUGGCAAAUAUACACAUCAAAGUGAUGUAUGGAGCUAUGGUGUGACCUUGUGGGAAAUGAUGACGUUUGGAGAAGAGCCGUAUCCUGACAUCCGUCUAUCUGAAGUGCCAGACCUCCUUGAGAAAGGAGAGCGACUCUCCCAGCCUCCAAUCUGUACCAUUGAUGUCUAUAUGGUCAUGGUGAAAUGUUGGAUGAUCGAUGAGAAUGUUCGGCCUACAUUCAAGGAGCUGGGCAAUGAGUUUACCCGCAUGGCCCGAGACCCUCCUCGCUACCUGGUCGUAAAACGGGAGAGUGAUGCCCUUCAGUCACCACUUCCUGGAGAACCUCCACAAUUGUGUGAGAAAGUAGUGGAGGACACAGAUACUGAUUUAGACACAGAAGAUGACAGUAUAGGUCCACAGCCCAAAACGCCCAACACUGUCUACGCAUCACGCCAGAGAAUAGACUAUUCCAGGAGUCAGAGUGUGCAGAGUUCUCAUGCUGGGUAUCUCCCUAUGAACCAGAGCAGUGGCAGCAUCACUAGAAAGGGUACAUUGCAUCGGGCUGAGCCAAGUCCUAGGCGUGUAACCAGGAGAAGGGAGGAUUCUUUAGGCCGCACAGUGUCGGAAUCAUCUGAGGGCUGCUGUACUUCAUCUGACAUGGAGACAGGGGAGGAAAUGUCAUAUGGAGGUGGCAGCCUGAGUCUUAGCCCUCGCUCACGCUUAGACAGUGCCUAUCGCUCCCAGAGGGAGAGUCUCCUUGCAGGGACCCCAGAUGCGGACUGCGAGUACAUUAUGCCAGAACUUAGCCAGGGAGACCUAUCACAGGAUGGUACCUUGAGAUCCCAUGGAUCCAGAUCUGUGACCCCGUGCUUGCCCAAUGCUGGUGAAGAGGAUGAUGAUGAUGAGGAGUAUGAGUACAUGAACAGGAAAAGACAGCUCUCAGAGAGUCUGGAGUAUGAGUACAUGGAUAUCCGAGGGACAAGGAAUUCGAACAGUGAACGUGCAACAUCUACGCACGAGGGCAAUAAGGACAGUGAUUAUGAAUAUGGGAACAAGGAGGAGUAUGAGUAUAUGAAUGAAAAGGGGGAGAGCAACCACAGCCAAGAGCUGGAGGAAGAGGACACAGAGUACACGUACAUGAACCGAAGUGGUAAAAUGAGAAAAGACAGCACAUCAGGUGACAAACAAGGUUACGAGGACAUGAACUUAAUUGUCAGCCGGCCAAAGUCCUCAGACAAACCCCCAGUAAUCCCACAGACAUGCCACAGAGAGGCACUACAGAAAGGAUUCAUUCAGCCUCUACGAGAACUGGAGGUAAAAGACUGUGCAUUUGAUAAUCCAGAUUACUGGCACAGUCGUCUGUUUGUCAAGAGUGACCUGCAACGGACAUAAUAAAUCCAGAUGCAAUAAAUCUGCAGGACAAUCUCUCUCCUCCACCACUUCUGUAGUCCUAUGCAGGACACAAGUUAUGAUUUCGGAGGUUUUCGAUGGAAGGAACCACUCAAGGAGCCAUAUGGUAUUACCCGUAGUGCCUUACUGGUAUCAGUUUCUGUGAGUGGCAUGGACAUAUUGUAUAUACUUGGCACUGCAGAGAGAGUGGUCUUGGAUCAGGAUUUUCCUAAGUAUGGACCAGUCAUAAAGAUUAUUCUAUGGGGAAUUCAUAGUGACUACUUAUUACAACGGCAUUCCCUUUUUCAGUCAGCACUCCAACAUCAUUUUAGUAGUACAUGUGAAUCUAUUCAUACAACUUAUAAACACGGUUGUGUGAAAAAUAGCAUUUCAUUAUUCCAUACAUAUGAAGCGUAAUCUAUAUGCCCAUAGUGUGUCCUAUUAUAUAGGUUCAUAUAGCACAGUUUUUUAAAUAACAGACCACGAGUUGCCACAUACGGUAAGAUUUUUGUAUACAUUUGGGCAUUUUAUUGAAAGUGUAAAGUUAGAGAUGCAUACAGAACAAUCAUUGUCAUAUUAUGAAUAUUCUCCACUUGUUGGCAGAUCUGUCCUGCUCUUUUGUAUGUUUUGUAAGUCAGACAGAAAUCUUAUGCAAGAGGGUAUUAUUACAUUUUCAUAGUGCCGUUAGUGGGCAGAGAAAACAGUCACUAAAGACCAGAAAGCAGUACUGACAUAUACACACGGAGUAUAUUCACAAAACAAUUGUAGCAUCACAUACUUUUAAACUACGUAUCACAGGGCUCCAACAUACGCUGAAUAUUAUCUAGCCACGGCGGACCUUCAGCCUUGGAAGUGUCCCGAAGAUUGUUCAUAGCACUUAGUCUUGGGGUAUUCAAUUUGAGUAUAUUUCAUAGAAAAGUCAUGUGAAAAUACACUGUUAGCUAUUAUACUGCACUGCCAUAGCUUGGGCUUUAAUAAUUAAAGAGAUCUUAACAAGAGAGUAAGCUUGUCAUUGAAUAUGUGCCAUUGUUCUAUAUAUUCACUGUCAGGUAACAGACAUGAUUGAAAUGAAGCUGAAAUAUAUUUACAUACAUACCAUGGAAAAAGUCAGACAUGUGAUAGGACGGUGACAGCCUGAGACUGUGAUCAACAAAUACUCUGGACCUUUUAUAUUGUCUCAUACGCUAACUCUUGCUGUUCAUAAUAAAACUGUUCCAGGAAAGCUGAAACAUUACAGCUUAUAGUCAAAUGAAAGAAAGGUGAUAUGGAUGUGAAACAUUUGCAAAGCAAUUCAUUUAAAAGAAUACCAUUAAAUGUUUCAGGAUCACUUAGGAGAAAGUGACUAAAAUGGUGUAAUAUAUGUAUUUUUGUUGGAUUGCAUAACUUUUCAAAAUAAAUCUGUUGUAAUAUAAUUUUGAAACAAAUUAUUGAAUCAAAGAAGGAUGAACAUGGACAGAGAGCAGGAGCUGCCCUGCCCAAUUAUUAUUAAUAUUUUUUUUAAAUAUUUUUAUAACGACAAUGAUUUAUAUAUGAUCUGUACAUUAACUGAUGACAACUUUCUAAUAGUUCAGUUUGAUUCUUGGCCAAUACAUGAACAAAUAGGAAACUAAUAAGUAUGUUACAAGGGAAGGAGAAAACAUAUAUUUUGGAUUGUUCAGGUACCUGUGGUAGCAAUAUUACACUCACCAUAUUCAUUCACGUAUGUAUUACAAUUCCUCACUACACAUAGACCUGAGAGAAUUAAGGUUUGAAAAGGGUUGAGAUUACCUAAAGGAUAAAAAAAAAGGGGCAGACUAGAUGGGCCAAGUGGUUCUUAUCUGCCGUCACAUUCUAUGUUUCUAUGUUUAAAAGGACCUUCUGGGUAUUAGUGUGUCUGUGUGCACUAUGGUCCAACCACAGUCACUUCCCUGCUCCUCAGGGGCAUGGAAGUCCAUAAGUUUAGUAUUUGGACAGCCGGAUCCGGGUUUGCACUAUAAGAUGACCAUUCUUAGUACAGUCUGUUUUUUUUAUUACUUUGGCAGUAUGUAGAAGACCUAUUCAUUUAAGGACAAUGUGGAUAUUCCACUGAGAUGUAUACGGCCUUGUACACGCAGGGAUUAGGCAUGUUCUUAAUGCUUAUUAAGCGUGCUCUGAUACUGAUAGUCGACAGAUUGGACUGACCACUAUCACUUUCAGCAUUGCCUACAGCGUACAGGUAAUUAAUGAAUGUGCUUCUGAUGUCCCGUUAAAGCGAGAAUAAAUACAAAGUGUUGCCUACUCUUAACAAUCAUUUUUCUAACUCCUACUGUGUGUGUACAAACCUUUGUCGAUGUUAGUUCUAAGCUUAGUAAUACGUGACAAGUUUAUAUGAAAUGUUGUUUGUUUUCUACCUAGUAAAAUAUGAUUUGUUUUCACAAGGAAAUUAUUUACAUAUACUGUAUAUGUGUGUGUGUGUGUAUAUAUAUAUAUAUAUAUAUAUAUAUAUAUAUAUAUAUAUAUAUACACACACACUUAGGGGUGCUAUUGGUUGCAAAAUAUCCUACAUGCUAUGGAUUCCGCUGCAGUGUAAUGGUACUGUAUAGAAUAUAAAUACCUUUGCGUGGCCUUAAAGUAUACGUUACGCCUACAUACAGUACAGGUGAAUAUUUUGUGGGCAGAGCCAACAGUCAUACUUAAAUUUGGUGUCACACUGGCGCUUUUAACACAUGCUGGAGUGGGUAUACUUUAAAGACAUUACAUGCAGCAUAUUCUUAGUGUAUCAGCUUAUGUAAGGCGAGGCAUGGGAUAAGCACUAGUGUUCAGAGCAUCAUUGUGAUACCACCCAGAAAGUAACUAGGAACAGAUAUGGAGACUUCCUAUGGGUUCUCGUGCUGCUUCCGCAAUGUGCAGGUAGCAGUGCACUUUAUGAGAUGAAUGCUUAAUGCUUGCACCUCUGUGUUUCUACACUCUAACAGCAGUGUCACUUGCUAUGUGUGUUUCCUCCUGUUUUGUACAUUUUUGUGAAUUGACCUUGUAUGAACAUUUCUAUUCAGAGUCUAUUUUUGUACAUUAUUUUUGUACUGUUCCAACACGCAAUGAGAAGUGUGUGACAGGAUGAAUUUAUCUUAUAAAAGUGAAUGUAUAGGAGGGAAUAUGCUUGUAACUAGUUUUAGUCACCAGCUGUGAAACAAUUUAUGUGUAAAGUAAUAUGAUCAAAUAAAAUGUCUUUUCUAGCAAAUUAAA